AUGCAUUAUUUUUAAUUUCAGAUUGACAUUAUAAAUGUAAGUAACGAAUCGAAACUUCCAAAUGUCGUUGGUAACCCUAACUUACCCUCCAGGGUGUAAAGAGAUAAACGAUGAUAUUGGAGCUGAUGAACUGGUUCGCCGGCUCAAACAACUCGCUAGCUCAUUUCAGCAAAUGAUGCAAUCAGACGACGAAACCACUCACAAUGCCUACACUCCUCUAGCACUACAUAUUACAGAUGAAUACUUCAUAAACAAUCCUUCCAGGGACGUUCAGUUGUUGGUUGCGUGCUGUAUCGCAGACAUUCUCCGGAUAUUUGCUCCUGAUGCUCCAUACAAGGAACCUCAACAGAUUAAAACAAUUUUCCUCUUCCUCAUUCGUCAGCUUGGAGGACUCAGAGAUCCAAAGGAUCCUGCAUUUAAGAGAUAUUUUUAUCUCCUGGAGAACCUGGCCUUCGCCAAGUCCUUCAAUAUGUGCUUUGAUCUGGAUGAUUUUAACGAGAUCUGUGUCGCCUUGUUCACACUCAUGUUCAAAAUUGUCAAUGAUGAACAUUCAGGGAAAGUGAAAAGUUUUAUCCUUGAUGUACUAUGUCCCCUGGUCACAGAGUCGGAUUUUAUCUCCAACGAGUUGCUGGACAUUAUACUCCUGAACAUAGUGGAGCCCGUGAAGACCCAGAGAAAGUACGCGUAUGAUUUGGCAAAGGAACUGGUGAACAAGACUAGUGAUGCUCUAGAACCUUAUAUUCAGCAGUUCUUCAACCAUGUUCUAAUUCUGGGGAAAACUGAUGAUAAACUGAAUAUUAGAAACAAGGGUUACGAACUGAUUUAUGAGUUAAAUCAUAUCUGUCCGAGUGUACUCCUAGCAGUUCUUCCCCAGCUUGAGUUCAAACUCAAGUCUACAGAUGAGAUGGAGAGGAUGGGAAGUGUAUCUCUGCUUGCGAGGAUGUUUAGUGAGCUAGGUUCCACCUUGGCAAGUAGACACAGGGCUCUAUGGCAGGCUUUCCUUGGACGGUUUAACGAUAUCAGUGUAGGGAUCAGAACCAAGUGUGUUCAGUACACCAUGCACUUUCUAACCAACCAUCCAGAGCUGAUAGAUGAUAUCACGGAAACCCUGAAAGCUCGACAACACGACUCCGAGGAAUCGGUUCGAUAUGAAGUUGUGAUUGCCAUCGUGACGACAGCUAAGAAAGAUUUCGAUGUGGUUUCCAGAUCUGAGGAUCUUCUCAACUUUGUCAAGGAGAGAACUCUGGACAAGAAGUUUAAGAUACGUAAGGAGGCAAUGGCUGGGCUAGCAAUGAUCUACUUUAAACACCUGUCUAAUCCUAACGGUGUGCCAGAGGCCACCAAGAACGCUGUGAAGUGGAUCAAGGAUAAGAUCCUCCAUGGAUACUAUAUGCCAGGGAUAGAGGAUAGGUUACUCGUAGAACGGUUACUCAACACACGUCUUGUUCCCUUCAAUAUGGAUACUGAGGAAAGGAUGAAAAAACUCUUCCUACUCUUUGCUACUAUAGACGAGAAUGCCAGUAAAGCAUUUAUAGAAAUACAAAAACAUCAGAUGCAGGUUCGAAAAUCAGUUUCUGAGCUCAUUGCUCUUCAGAAGCUUGCUCCGUCCGAGGAAAGAAACAAAGCGAUUGCUCUGAAGAACAACAGUAUCUCCAAGCAUCUACCUGAACCUGUGAAGGGUCUAGAGUUUAUCAAGAAACUCUCCCAGCACAUGGCGUCCGAUGAGACCAUGCUGAAACUAAUGGAGAAGAUUUGUGAACCUGGAGUGAGCUGUAAGGAUUCCUAUGACGCCACAACUUUAAUACUAAAGAAGCUUGGUUCUCCUAUAAUGACCAAUCUGUACUAUAACACAGUUAAGCAAUUGUUAGAGCGUAUCUCCUCUGUCAUGAUUGAUCAGGAAUCGAUCCGUGCGCUUGUGAAGGUCGUCGGUGAAGCGUUAAAUGACGGUGAUGUUAUAAACGAGCUUGGCGUGGACCCUGAUACUGCUGGAGAGAAGGGACUUCGCCUUCUCUUCGUUCUAAGCUUCGUGUUCCCGACCCACUAUGUGUCCAGGGAUAUAAUAAAGAGUUUCUUUACUCUGUUCUCUUCAACUAAGGAGUUUGUAGCUCCUCUGCUUCUCAAUAUUCUCUCAUUUAUCGGAAAACAUAAACCAAUCAAUGAAAAGUUCCCGGACUUGCAUGAAAAACUGAAAAAGAUUUGUCUCCAGUUUAUUGGUCUAGGAACUCCGAAGGAGGCAAAGCAGGCCAUCAAGUGCCUAUAUCUGAACACUACCGAGAAUAUAGAGGAAGUUUUCUCCGCAGUACUAGAGAAAAUCAAGGAAAACCUCAACGGAGAGAAGAAUAAGUUGUAUCUGACAGCUAUAGUUGCUCUGGGUCACCUAGCCUUUUACCUACCGGAUAAAUUUCCAGCUCAGAUAAAAAAUCUGGUGUCAAGAAAGAUUGUAAAAGAGUUAGUAAUGAAAGAUCACACAGCUCCACGGGGUGGGACGGAGGAAUGGUGCCCCAUGGAAGAUCUUUGUUUGGAAACACAGUGUAAACUUGAAGGAUUUAAGAUGAUGUCAAGAUGGCUCCUUGGUUUGAAAACUGAUGAAGUCACAGCUCAGAAAACCUUCCGGAUGCUGAAAGCUGUAAUUGAGAGCGGAGGAGACCUAUUGGAGGAGAAGAAACCCAACCCUGCGGAGAAAUCCUGGCUGCGUCUGGGUGCUGGCUGUGCUAUGUUGAAGAUCUGUGAACAAAAGGGAGUAGGAGAUCAGAUCACUGCUAAACAGUUCUAUCAUCUCUCUAAACUAGCACAGGAUCCGGUUCAAGCAGUCCGAGAAAAGUUUAUUUACAAACUACACAAAGGAUUAAACAGAGGAAUACCAAACAAAUGUCUUCCGUUGGAUUUCAUGGGAAUUUAUGCUUUAGCGGGACUUGAACCUGAGAAGAAACUAAGAGCCUUGGCGAAGAACUACAUGAACUAUGAUAUAAACAAGAGAAGAGAUUAUGUAAAAACUCUUUUAAUGUCAGGAGUAGGGGAACGACCUGGAAUAGAUCUUACCUAUAUCCUACCUGAUUAUAUGCUUGUAUUUGCUGUUGCUGUUCUAACGCAUGAUGAAAACUUUACUUCUUCACAAGAUGUUGAGCAUUUGAAGCGUAUUCGACAAGCCCUCUGGUUUGUACUGGAACCCUUGAUGACAAAGAACGAGAACUAUUCCUUCGUGUUCUACCAGGACAUGAUUCAGAAGAUGAAGAACCACCGUGACGCUGUGAACCCAGAGGAUGAAGCAACAAAUUUCAAGAUGUACGCAGUUUGUGAUCUUGCCAUGGGAAUCAUCUCAACCAGAUCAACAAACUUUGAGCGGAAAUCCUUCCUUGCUGAGCCUAAGAUUCCUCCCAACUAUUUCAAGGCCCCGGAGAAUCCCAAAUAUCAGAACCUGGAUCUAUACGUUCCUGCAGAGAUACAGAUAUCGAACUCGAGGAAGGUUGGAGGAGUUGGACACCAGACAACUAUUAUACUAUCUCGGGAUGAGGACGGAGAAGAGGAGAACGGAGCAAACCACCCUGAACCAGGAGAUGAACCUCCCCGGAAACGAGGAAGAACGUAGCUCCAGAAGAGACAUUUUUCUACAAUGUGAUAAGAGAUCUUUUUCUCAAACCUUUUCCCAACCCAUGAACCUGAACUUUCUCCGAACCUUGGAUUUAGUCUGAUCCCCUGGAUAGUUGAUCAGACUACUAACUAGCCCCUUCGAUUAAUCUGAACAAAUAAGACAUUCUCCACCUGUAAACUAGAACUCAUUCUGAAAGUUAACUAGGAGAUCAUAACUAAACCUUCGGUUAUGAUUGAACCCUGAAAAAAAGAAGAGAUAAAAAAUCUGAGCUAUGAUUAUCAAUCCGAACUAAAAAACUAAAUCGAAAAUCCGUGGACAGUGAAAUAUCUUUAACAGUGAAAACUCUUACCAAAAAUGUAUUCCUUUAAACCACUGCAUGUACACUGUACAAUGUACAACGUACAUAAUAUUCAUCCGCUACAGAAAGAUCUUGCUGUACCGUGUAAAUUAAGUAUUCGUUUAACAGACUUGUGCGACUGGUAAACCUGGGACUGGACCUGUAUUUAUUUUUUUAUUUUUUGUUAAAAAUACAUAUAAACUACAUUUACCAAUGCUGUUAAUUGUCACAAAUCUAUGCAGAAAAGAUUACUUUGAUGAAUGCCGGAGAAAAAUUUGAUCAAUAUUUUUUAUAAAAUUUUUCUUCAUGUUUCGAAUGUAUUAAAAAACCGAGGUGAACUCAAACAGUUAUCUCAUGUGUAAAUAUUUAUAAUAUUUUUAUUUUCUGUUUAUUUGCUGUAAACCAGGUUGAAACUGUGCCGGAUUGGUUUAAACUAAUAUUUCAGA